AUGGAGAAAAUAGUUUGCAUGGACGUGGUGCCUAUCUGUAUCUACUGUCUUGGAGAGAAAUCAUCGAAACAAGACGAGACAAAACAACAUCUCGAAAGUGCAUAUCUAGAGUCUCACGAAGCUUUAAAUAAGAAAAGAAAAAUGUCCUCCCGCGUCCCAGGCCGCCAAUCACCAGACCCAGAACGACAAUCCGGUGCUCAGCAGCGCGACCCGCCCAGUGCCGGGAAGGCGCCGGACGAGUACAAGCAUGAUCCGGAGUAUGCGAAGAGAGAGUCGGAGAGGGAGAGGAGUGCGUUAGAAAGCAACCCUGUUCAUCCGUUGGAUCGAUAUGUGGCAGCGAAGUUUGCGAGAUAG